AUGUCGAAGAUUUCCAAGUCGCUGAUCAACAAUAAGCACUUGAAAACCACCAUUGAUUCUCUAUUUCGUUCUUCUUCGUCAUCAGUAAAGCAGCUCAGUAAAACCCUAACUUCAAAACAGAGUCUUUUCUCCAAUUCGUUUUCCAGUACUACCAGAGUUAUCAAUUCAACUCAUGGUGGUGGCGCUCCUAACCUUUGCUCUAUUCCAGCUUCAUCUUCAGUGGUCAAUGGCGGUACCACGCAUAACAUAAAAAAGAUGGAUCUUCGGACUUGGAUUCCAGUUAGGGCUUUUUGCUUAUCCCAUAGAAUCGAUUUGAUGGGAUUAAUGUCUGAGAAUCAAGCCAAUUUGAUCCCACAUACUCCUGGAAUCGGCAAUUACAUUGUUCUUAGAUUUGAUAACCUUACUGGCACUCCUACUGCUCCUCCUCAAGAAUUGGAUGUUGAGUUAAGUGGGAGAAGUCACUCUUCUUACAUGGUGGUUUUCAAAUAUGGAUCCACCCUAAUGUUUAAUAUGCUCGAUCACCAAAUUGAUGGAUAUCUAAAGAUCAUUAAAAGACAUGCUUCAGGGACAACCAAGGACUGUGGAGACUCUUCACAGAAUUACAUCGAUUACAAGGUGAGUGAAAAGCUGAAGUUGCCCCCUUGUGUGCAAGAUGUGUCAAACCAUAUGAUGUUGCAGAACUUUAACAUUGAUGGGAUUUGUACAAUCGCUAGUGUUCUUGGUCAAAGUGUUGUUCUUGACUACUACUCUCGCCUGGUUGAUGAAUUGACAUCUGCAUAUACAAAUGUAAAUACUGGAUUGAAAGAAAGUGGCACUACAUACAAUUUCGAAAAUGUACUCAACAAAGAUUUAGUUAAUGCAAAUUUACUUAAACUGCUGCGAAGAACGCGUGCUGGUGCAGAUAUUGUUAGAUGGUUUGGGCUAUACGAGAGAUCAGAUGUUGCUUGGGAAGAAGAUUCGGAGUACACACAUCUGCUUGACCACCUUCGUGAUGAAUUGAAAUUGACACAGAGAUUUGCCAAUUUAGAUCGAAAGUUCAAGAUGGCGGAGCUCAAUAUCUGGUUCGUUGGAGAAGAAGCGAAUGUACCUCGGCUUAGUGUGCUUUUAUUUGCAUGUAUAAGCUGUUUUAUGUUGAUAUUCUUUACACCAAUAGUGAUCUUACCAAUUAGUGCAUUAGACACUUUCCUCAUGUCGCUAUGA